UCUCUUGUCGUUAUAAGCGAGGAGCUCGGCCUUGCUGUAACAUCGUCCAGUCGUCCUCUUGUGGACGCAGGGAAAAUAAAAGCAUGGGUUCAAGUCAUCGGAUUAUUGGCGUUCUCCUGGCGUUCCUGGGCGUGUCCAUCCAUCACAGCUCCGCCCAAAUUUUAUGCUACAGUGACUUGGCCUGCACAAGUACUGUGACUAUCCCAGGCGCCGACUUCGCCGGGUUAGCGCCGUCAGUGAGAAGUUGUUGUCAAGAAAAUGGUGGAACAGCUUUAAAAGUGCUCACGUCUCCUACCGCAUGUCAUCCUUGUAGUGAAGAUCCGUGCGCAUAUUGUACCAAUGCCCCCCAGAUCGAGGCUACAGCCGACACUACCGAUCUUCUGGAGGAUAUUACAUUAGACUGUGGCGAACCCUUCCCACCCCUGCCGAACGUUACCCUGAACGCUGUGUGUGCCGAUGUGGCCGACCUGCAGAUCACGACCUCCGACCCUGGUGCAACUGGCCUACAGUGCGAUGUCAGCUACACUCGAACUUAUAUUUCAUCGGACGUAUGCAACAACCAGCAGACCACCCCUCAGUCCAUACGUUACAUAGCGUCGACGCCGCCGGUCCUUUCAAAUGUCCCGGCAGAUGUCACUGUAGCCUGUGAGACGGAUGCAACAUUAACCGCCCCGUCAGCGACGGGAACCUGCUCCGCAGCCAACGUCACACUCAUCGCCAGCAACACUGAAGUUGACCCAGCAUGUCAGUACAACAAGGUGAUCACGAGCACCUGGGAGGCCAUAGACGGCUGCGGCCUGACCAGCAACGUAAGCGCCUCUGUCAAUGUUAGUUAUGAGAACGCGCCAACCCUCGUUGGCACACUGACUGACCAAACUAUUCUUCUCAAUGAGCAGUGUGAUAACGUCCCUUCCGUACCAGUCGUCACCGCCACGGGUUACUGUGGCAACAGCGUCACCGUAACAAGCACGGAAACCACGUCCAACGUCCAGUGCCAGAAUAAAUACACACUGACCAGGACGUUCUCCUCCACCGAUGACUGCGGACGCACCACCACCGCCUCACAGAAUAUCCAGGUGACGUCGGUGUUUGCGCCCACAUUCGACACGUUUCCAGAAGACAUCACAAUCGCGUGCAACACCAACGCCAAUGUCUCUUUCCCAGAGUCCAACGUCACCGCCACGGGUCACUGCGGCGUCCCAGUCAACGUCACACAGACCGACGCGGUGGUCACAGGGGACUGUCCGGAGGACAUCACCAUCUACCGUACCUACCAGGCCACAGACGAAUGCGGUCUCCUCGCACAGCGAACCCAAACCUUCCGGGCCAGCCCGGCUAACUUGGCCUUCACCUACGUCCCCGGUGACGUCACGGUGGCGUGCGGGACUGAUAUCAGCAACCUUGCUAACACGGGCGGCGUGGCGGUGGCUGAAAACGCCUGUGAUGAGCGCGUUAAUACCACGUACUCGGACGCCGUGGGGGGCACCGCGUGUAACCAGGCAGUGGUCAGAACUUGGACGACUUCACAGAGUUGUGGAUUAGCGGUCAGCGUUGACCAGGCCAUCACUGUGGCUUUAACGGCGUCUCCGUCCAUUACCCCACCAGCUGACCGCAGUAACAUAGACGUCUGCCCCAGUGAUACCUUCACCCCUAGCGAACUCGGCGACACACCCACGGUCACCGGCAACUCCCCCUGCCACAACGUGAACGACUUCACUGUGGAAUACGCCGACACGAUAGUUACCGAGAACCCCACCGCCGGAACCAGUACAAUCAGAAGAAUGUGGACGGCCACGGACCAGUGUGGGAACAGCGGCACCGGCGAGCAGAUCCUUGGCAUCAGAGUGAAACAACAGCCAACGCUGGCCCUGGACCCGGACCAGUUCAUCCUCACGUGCACCAGCGUCUCCGAGGUCUUAGACCAGACCCAACCACAGGUGGUGAACAGAGGGGGUGGAGACGCCGCCAUCAUUGAGACGGUAGAGACAACCGACAGCUCCGUCUUCCAGCAAGCCUGUUCUGGCCAGCAAGUGACCAGGACGUUUCAAGUGACCCUGGAGUGUGGGUACACCCAGACGCUAUCUCAGGUGGUGACAGCUAUGGCCCAGGCUACCAGUCCCCCGGUCAACCCGCCUGCCGUCGUCGUCCCUCCUGCAGACUGUAUCGUCUACACCCACUUCCUGUACCCAACACCAGGCGGAAGACGCUUCCGCUACGGCUUCCGGUCACCAGGUGGAACUCUGUAUUUCUUUACCCCUGGCGGUAGGUUCACCCUGGCAUACCCAGGCUUCGGAAGCGGUGUCACCAUCCCGACCGGCUCUGGUGACGGGCUCAUCUAUGCCGUCGUCAAUGAGAAUGGGCAGGUGCGCUACGCUUUCCGCAACCCCAACGGACAGAUCAACUUCCUCUCAACGUACCCCGCCCCUGGUGGUGGCAAUCGCUACGGCUACGAGGACUUAUCUGGAGCGACCCAGUACGUCUCCCUGCCUCCUGCGGGCGUCCUUGUCAUCCCCACUCUCAGCGGAGACCCGGUCCUCCGUCCCGAUGGCGGGUACCGUCUUGGCUACAGAACCCCCGAUGGUACCCUCUUCGACCUGACAGCCAGUGCUAAUGCGGACGGCCUGAUUAGAUACGGCUACCAAAUCCCCAACGAUGGAAUACAGUUUAUCAACAUGCCCUUCACGACGUUGCUGAACCUCCCGGAGAUUAACGGCGGUCUGGUGUACGGGUACCGCACCCCUGAUGGCGUCGCCCAUAUCGUUAAGGAAUUCCCCAUGAGUGACGGCACAGUGCGCUUUGGCUACGAGAACCCGGAUGAAACGAUCACCUAUCUCCCUGUACCACAGAACGGCAUCCUAGCUGUCCCAAUCCCCGGCGGAGGGGUCAGGUUCGCCUUCCGCACCCCACAAGGUGCCCUGUACUACCUCGUCCCCUUCCCGACCUCCGAUGGCAGAGUGCGUUACGGCUAUCAGACACCAGAGGGUACUGCUAGAUUGGUGGACCUACCAACAACGGGGCUCAUCGCCAUGAAGACCCCGAGCGGAGGACUCAGGUACGUGUAUCGUUCACCAGAGGGCACCCUAUACGAUGUCUCCUCCUACCCCAGCCAAAACGGCAUGACAGUCUAUGGUUACCGCUUUCCGAACAGCGCCGUCAACUUCCUGAGCCUGCCCGAGAAUGAGAUGAUCGUGAUGACGAAGCCAGGCGGCGGGCUGCACUACACCUUCCGCUCGGCCGAUGGGGUCAUUCACGACCUCCAGCCCGUGCCAAAACCAGAUGGCUCCAUGACCUACGGGUACCCCACAGCUGGCGGUACCAUGCAGACCGUGCCCAAUGCCCCGGAUUCCGACAGCCCAUUCCCUCUCAUGGGCAGUGGAAUUUUCGCCGUUGUCCAAGACGGCACAGUGCGGCUAAGGUAUGUUGCUCUAGAUGGCCAAACCUAUGACCUGAAUAGAUCCCCCGUACCUCAGACCAACUCAGUGCGCUAUGGUUACACCGACGGCGACGGAGUCUUCCAGCACGUCCCCAUGCCAACCAUCGGUAUAAUGGCACUGCCAACAGUCGAUGGCAAUAUACAGUACAUCCAUCGUGCUCCCAACGGUGAGGUGACCCCAGUUGAGGAAAUCGUCAACCCCGACGGCACCGUAUCUUAUGGAGUCAGGAGACCCGACGGCAGCACUCUCAUCAUACAGAUGCCCAAGAACAACGUGAUGACGGUGCCCUUCCCCGGCGGAAGUUCACUAUACACCUACCGCCAGCCUGGAGGACAGAUGAUCUUCCUUCAGCCCUUCGCUUCAUCUGACGGCGGCGUGCGCUACGGUUAUUCAGCACCAAAUGGCGACACUGUCACCAUCCCCAUCCCAUUCAACGGCAUCAACACCGUGGCCACCCCAGGGGCGCCCGGUGGGGAAACAACUCUCGUGUAUCAAACGCCAGAAGGACCACUGAAGCCAAUGGUGGCCAUCUCGCAGCCUAACCCAGAGGCUCCAGGUUUUGUAUCCUACACCAUUGAGAUCAGCCCCGAAACCUAUGUGGACAUCCCCAUGACCCAGAGUGGCACCACCGGCAUCCCACAGCCUGAUGGAGUCACCCAAGUUGUCUACAAGUCACCAGAGGGCACCAUCUACCCGCUGAGGCCUUUCAGGCAGCCUGACAAUACCAUCCAGUACGUGUUUGAGAAACCGGACGGAUCCGUGCAGUACGUCAAGAUGCCAACCACUGGUGUCUUUACCGUUCCCCUUCCCGGAUCCGAAACGACCACACUCUACAGGGCCCCAUCCGGUGAAGUGAACCCGUCAUCUGCCUACCCCACCUCAGACGGUGGUAUCACCUACGGCUACACAACCCCCGAAGGCACAGUGAAUCCAGUACCAGCGGAUUCUUUGCCAGGUGGUCCCCGACCUGCCGGAUUACCUGAUGGCGUCAUUCCCUUCAUCAGCCCAGAUGGAACAAUUGUGUUCGGAUUCAGGACCCCCACCAACACUUUUACCUACCUGACGCCUUUCACUGACCCUCUCACGGGCACCGUGAAGUAUGGAUACAGAAUGCCAGAGAACGGAACAAUUGUGUACGUCGAGAUCCCGCGUCUACCAGGUCAACCGGAUGCAGAACUACCAGAUGGUGUCUCAGUGGUGAUGAAUCCGGAUGGGACCAUCACAUACAUCUUCUUUGCUCCAGAUACCAGAACCUACGUACUUGUCCGUACCGUGAAUCCGGUCACUGGGCUGAUCACGUUUAGCUAUCGCACACCUGAAGGUCUCACUUACUUCGUCCCUGUCCCAGGUAUGCCUCUACAACCCGGGCAGAAUGUCAUGCCAGGAGAACCACGCGAUCUUCCGGAUGAGGGUACCGUCACCGUGGUCCUCAACCCCGACGGCACAGUCACCUACGUCUACACCUCACCGGAUGGAAACACGUACUCGCUCACCCCUUACCCUAACCCUCUGGGCGGCAUCCAGUUUGGUUACCCCAAUCCCGACGGUACCGUCACGUACGUGCCAGUAGACCAGGGCACUGGACCCAUGGGCCCCUUCCCGCCAGGUGUGACCACACUAAUGAACCCUGAUGGCACAAUAACUUACCUGUUCACAGACCCUAACGGAAACACCUUCACACUGACCCAGUUUACCAACCCGGCCACGGGAAGACUGCAGUACGGCUACCGCUCACCAGAUGGCACCAUAAUCUUUGUGGACUUGCCAACCACACCUGGUAUGAAUUUCCCAGAAGGCGUCACGGUCCUCCGUAACCCAGACGGCACCGUGACUUACAUCUACAAGGCACCAGAUGGCAGCACGUACACUUUGACCCAAUUCAACAACCCAACCACCGGGCAGCCGGAAUACGGUUAUCGUAACAGCGAUGGAAACAUCAUCUUCGUGCCCAUCCCCACGGAUCCGGGAACCGGUCAACCAGGAAACAACUUCCCACAGGGAGUGACCACGAUAAGAAACCCUGACGGCUCCGUGACCUACAUCUUCAAGGAUUCCGACGGUAACCUCUACCCCCUGUUGCAGUACAUUGAUCCCUUCACUAAACAGCCCCAGUACGGAUACCGUGCCCCUGACGGCACUAUUCAGUACGUCAGAAUACCAGGACAGCCUAGCCAGCCUGGCACAGGCGGGAACCUCCCCACUGGAGUGUUCCCUGUCCAGAACACCGACGGCACUGUUGGCUACAUCUACAGAGAUCCUAAUGGCAAUCAGUACACCCUAAAACGCUACGUCGACCCCCUUACUGGUCUGGUUCGAUACGGUUAUGUUGCUCCCGACGGAAGCAUCAGAUACGUGCCAGAUGACCAGACUCCAGAGGAUCUCCCCGACGGCGUCACAAAGAGAGAAAACCCCGACGGCACAGUCACUUACACAUACAGAGACCCUAACGGCAACACGUACGUUGUUAACCGUUUCGUCGAUCCAAACACUGGGAAAGUCAGGUUCUUCUACACCACCCCUGACGGUCAAACCAGGUACGUCCCUGAUGAUGAUGAUGAAGAUGAUUUACCAGACGGUGUUUCACCGAUAGAGAUCCCUGGUGUGCCAACAACCUACAUCUAUAGAGACCCCAACGGCAAUGUUUACAUGGUCAACAAGGUGACGGAUCCAGUGACUGGCAAGGACAGGUUCUACUACACCACACCUGAUGGUCAAACAAAGUAUGUCCCUGACGGACAACGAGAACCGGAUGGCAACUUACCAAGAGGAGUGACCGCCACCCGUAAUCCGGACGGCACCAUCACCUACACCUAUCGAGAUCCGUUUGGCAAUACCUACCCUGCCACCCGCUUCGUUGAUCCGAUGACCAUGCAGGUGAGGUUCCUUUACACCACCCCUGACGGCCAGACCAGGUACGUACCAGACCAACCUGACAGUAAUCUCCCGGCAGGUGUUACUAGGAGACAGAACCCAGACGGGACCGUCACUUACAUGUACAGGGCGCCUGACGGUAAUACAUAUACACUGACCCGCUAUGUUAACCCGAUCACUGGCCAGGUACAGUAUGGCUAUCGCACCCCAGAUGGACGCAUCGUGUACGUUGAUAUCCCAGAUGAACCUACGCGACCAACGCAGGCACCGAGACCAAACCCUAACGUCCCCUUUGGUGUGUCACCUAUCACAAACCCAGAUGGUACAGUCACCUACGUGUACAAGGCCCCAGACGGCAACGUUUACCCUCUGUCCCAGUUCAUCAAUCCCGCCACAGGGCGACCGCAGUACGGGUACCGCACAUUGGACGGCAGGAUCAUCUUUGUUCCGACUCCAACUCAGCCCAGCACUCCAGGCAGCCAGCUCCCAGGGUUGCCAGGAUUUGUGGUCAUUCCAGGGUUCCCCGGUGUGCCAGGCAUCCCAGGAAUUCCAGGAUAUCCAGGAUUCCCAGGAGUGUUUCAACCAUUGUUCCCCGUACAGCAACCCCAGACAGGAAUUCCCGGCAUCCCAGGUUUCCCCGGAAUUCCAGGAUUCCCGUCCGCCCAACCAAUAUUCCCUGGACAACAGGCAGGAAUUCCAGGUUUCCCAGGAUUCCCAGGAAUUCCUGGAUUCCCAUCUGCCCAACCAAUAUUCCCUGGACAACAGGCAGGAAUCCCAGGAUUCCCAGGAUACCCAGGAAUCCCAGGAUUCCCAUCUAACCAGCCAAUAUUCCCUGGACAACAGGCAGGAAUUCCAGGUUUCCCCGGAUACCCAGGAAUUCCAGGUUUCCCAUCCAACCAACCAAUAUUCCCUGGUCAACAGGCAGGAAUUCCAGGGUUCCCAGGAUUUCCCGGAAUUCCAGGAUUCCCAUCCGCCCAACCAAUCUACCCUGGCCAACAGGCAGGAAUUCCAGGAUUCCCAGGCUUCCCUGGCAUUCCUGGUAUUCCAUCUGGACAAGGCGGAUUGCCUGGAUUCCCCGGAUAUCCAGGUAUCCCUGGAUUCCCUAGUUCCGUACCUUAUCCUCUUGGUCCGAAUCCUCAACCACGUCCAAGGCAGCCGAGCACAGGUAUAAUCAUUCCUGACAGCAGUGGACGCCCAGGUGCUGUUAUUUACCCACUGGAGCCCCAGGGGCCCGCAGUCGACCCACGAAACCCGUACCAGCCCUCAGGCAUCCCAGGAUUCUCCUUCUUACCAGGAUUGCCCGGCUUCCCAGGAAUUCCAGGAACCCCAGCUUUCCCUGGCACAAAUGGCGGUUAUCCAGGUAUCCCAGGUAUUCCUGGAAUUCCGGGUUACCCAGGAGGCUACAGUCUGCCAGGAGGCGGUAUUCAGAUUCCAGGUUACCCAGCUCUUCCGGGUGUUCCCAACACUGGAUACCCAGGGUACCCCGGCUUGCCAGGAAUUCCUGGAAUCCCAGGGUACAACGGCUACCCAAGCAGCCUGCCAACCACCGGCACUCCAUUCCCGGUCACCAGCCCUGACGGCCGAACACUGUACGGGAUCCGUCUGCCCGAUGGAACCAUCAUCUAUGUUGUGGCUGCCCUGCCAGGUAUGCCAACAAUGCCAACUACCCCAGGUGGCGGCAUGCCCACUCCCGGCACCAUACCAACACGUGGUCCGCAGACCUGUGAGGGUGUGUACGCCGUGCCCGACCCCACGGGACAGCCCCACACCGUCACCUUCGUGUACAGGACAUCCGACGGUGCAGUCUACAACAUGGCGUCUCAGUUCCAGAACGACGGCACCGUGGUCUACUCCUACAGGUCGGCCACCGGAACCACGCGCUACGUGCCCCUGCCCUCUUCCGGUCUGAUCGCGGUCCCUCUGGCCAGCGGUGAGGCCAUGCAGCUGAUCUACCGCCAGCCGAACUCCUUCAUGCUCCCAGUAGUCAUGAUGAACAUGUAUGGUGGACAGGUGCAGUAUAUCUACUACACCUCCUCGGAUACCAUAGAAUACCUGGAUAUCCCAUCUAACGUGAUCCUGGAGAUGUCUACCCCCUGCGGAGGGAUCCGGUACGGCUACAGACCCAACGGAGGCCAGAUCCGGCUGCUCCAGGGCUUCAAUGCCAGUCCAAACGGCGCCGGGCAGUUCAGAUACGGCUAUCUCGAUAACAACGGUAACAUCCAGUAUGUGCUGAACUACAAUUCCUACCUCGCCCCAGACUACGGCUUACCGCUUAACUUGGGAUAUACCAAUGAUGGUAUUAUUGCAUCUGCAGCCUUCGCCGCCGGAAAUGGUAAUAACAUGAAUGUCCAAGUUCCUGUCGGGCCCCCCGCCCAGCAACUUCCGGUCAGACAACCGGUCAACGCUAACCCUUAUUCCGGACUACAGGGGUACAUGUCUCUCUUGGACAGCUUGGGAUUCGGCAGAAUGGCUAGAAGUGGCUGAACACUUCAACAGACUCCUACAUAUUUUCUAUUAAAGUGAAAGUGAAAGUAUAUAUUUGUCUGAUGAACUGUAGAUUUUGAUUUUGAUAUUUAAUAUGCAAUCAUAGUGUAAAAAAUUUACACUUUGUGAUAUAAUGCUAAUAUUGUUUCUAUUUGCAUCACUUGGGCUAAGCAACUUACAAUUGUAAGAUAAAGAGUAGUUUGAAAUACUUCCGACAGUGAACCAAUCAAGAGAAAGAACAUAUUACUAUUUAUAUAUUUCAAGUCAUUUUAUAAUGUCCUAUUUUUACGUAGAAUGAUACUCGCCUAUUGUAUGGUCAAAGAAAAGUAAAAUUUGAAAUCAAAAUAAUUUUUCUGCUUUGUAAUAUCUCUGUCGGUUUUUACAUAUGAACAUAUUUUACUUGCGAGUUACGUUCUAUUAAAAUAAAGCUUUAGAAUCUAA